CAAGGCUUUGUUGUUUGUUUGCUUUUUAAGAGCUGUUUUACCAGCACACCACUGCCAGAGGGGGACUUCGUGGAUUAUACAGGCAUAGUUCAUGGAAGCUUUACUAGAGUAUGGAACCAGUUCUGUAGGCUGGGAAGUCCAAGAUCAAGGCCCUGGCAUCUGAGGAGGGCCUUCUUGCUACAUCAUCACAUGAUGAAAGGUGGAACAGCCAAAAACAAGUGAACUUGGUGUCCAUACAUGGCAGAAGAGCAGAAGAAAGAAAACUCACUCCCGGUACCAAGAGGAAUUAAAUAUAACCAUGAACAGAACCUGUUCUCUUACUCACUCUAAAGGUAUUGAAAAGUCUCCUUUAGAGCUUUGGAAGGCUGAAUGGACUAAACAUGAAGAGCUUGAAAGCGAAGUUCAGAAAGAGUGACACCAAUGAGUGGAACAAGAAUGAUGACCGGCUGCUGCAGGCUGUGGAGAAUGGAGACGCGGAGAAGGUGGCCUCACUGCUCAGCAAGAAGGGGGCCAGUGCCACUAAACACGACAGUGAGGGCAAGACCGCUUUUCAUCUUGCUGCUGCAAAAGGACACGUGGAAUGCCUCAGGGUCAUGGUUACACAUGGUGUGGAUGUGACAGCUCAAGAUACUACCGGACACAGCGCCUUACACCUCGCAGCCAAGAACAGCCACCAUGAAUGCAUCAGGAAGCUCCUUCAGUCUAAAUGCCCAGCUGACAGUGUUGACAGCUCUGGGAAGACAGCUUUACAUUAUGCAGCGGCACAGGGCUGCCUUCAAGCUGUGCAGAUUCUCUGCGAACACAAGAGCCCCAUAAACCUCAAAGAUUUGGAUGGGAAUAUACCGCUGCUUCUUGCUGUACAAAAUGGUCACAGUGAGAUCUGUCACUUUCUCCUGGAUCAUGGAGCAGAUGUCAAUUCCAGGAACAAAAGUGGAAGAACUGCUCUCAUGUUGGCCUGUGAGAUUGGCAGCUCUAACAUUGUGGAAGCCUUAAUUAAAAAGGGUGCAGACCUAACCCUUGUAGAUUCUCUUGGACACAAUGCCUUACAUUAUUCCAGACUCUCAGAACAUGCAGGAAUUCAAAGCCUUCUAUUAUCAAAAAUCUCUCAGGAUGCUGAUUUAAAGACCUCAACAAAACCAAAGCAGCAUGACCAAGUCUCUAAAAUAAGCUCAGAAAGAAGUGGAACUCCAAAAAAACGCAAAGCUCCACCACCUCCUAUCAGUCCUACCCAGUUAAGUGAUGUCUCUUCCCCAAGAUCAAUAACUUCAACGCCACUUUCAGGAAAGGAAUCGGUAUUUUUUGCUGAACCACCCUUCAAGGCUGAGAUCAGUUCCAUACAAGAAAACAAAGACAGACUAAGUGACAGUACUACAGGUGCUGAUAGUUUAUUGGAUAUAAGUUCUGAAGCUGACCAGCAAGAUCUUCUCGCCCUAUUGCAAGCAAAAGUUGCUUCCCUUACCUUACACAAUAAGGAAUUACAAGAUAAAUUACAGGCCAAAUCACCCAAGGAGGCAGAAGCAGACCUAAGCUUUGACUCAUACCAUUCCACCCAAACUGACUUGGGCCCAGCCCUGAGCAAACCUGAUGAAACCUCUCCCUCAGACUCCAAAUCAUCUCCAUCUGUCUUAAUACAUUCUUUUGGUAAAUCCACUACUGACAAUGAUGUCAGAAUUCAGCAACUGCAAGAGAAUUUGCAAGAUUUACAGAGGAGAUUAGAGAGCUCUGAAGCAGAGCGAAAACAGCUACAGGUCGAACUCCAAUCUCGAAAGGCAGAACUGGUAUGCUUAAACAACAUUGAGAUUUCAGAGAACAGCUCUGACCUCAGCCAGAAACUUAAAGAAACUCAGAGCAAAUAUGAGGAGGCUAUGAAAGAAGUCCUUAGUGUGCAGAAGCAGAUGAAACUGGGUCUUGUCUCGCCUGAGAACGUGGAUAAUUAUUCACACCUCCACGAGCUGAGGGUCACCGAAGAGGAAAUAAAUGUGCUAAAGCAGGAUCUGCAGAAUGCAUUAGAAGAAAGUGAAAGAAAUAAAGAGAAAGUGAGAGAGUUAGAGGAAAGACUGGUAGAAAGGGAGAAAGAUACUGUGAUUAAGCCACCUGCGAAAGAAUAUGAGGAAAUGAAAAGUUCAUAUUCCUCUGUUAUUGAGAAUAUGAAUAAGGAGAAAGCAUUUUUGUUUGAGAAAUACCAAGAGGCCCAAGAAGAAAUCAUGAAAUUAAAAGACACACUAAAAAGUCAGAUGACACAGGAAGCCAGUGAUGAAGCUGAGGAAAUGAAAGAAGCCAUGCAUAGGAUGAUAGAUGAACUCAAUAAACAGGUGAGUGAGCUGUCACAGCUGUACAAAGAAGCCCAGGCCGAGCUGGAGGAUUACAGGAAGAGGAAAUCUCUAGAGGAUGUCACAGCUGAAUAUAUCCAUAAAGCAGAGCAUGAGAAACUGAUGCAAGUGACAAAUGUGUCCAGGACCAAAGCAGAAGAUGCACUGUCCGAAAUGAAGUCUCAGUAUUCAAAAGUGUUGAAUGAGUUGACCCAGCUCAAACAGCUGGUCGAUGCACAGAAAGAGAACUCCAUCUCUAUCACAGAACAUUUGCAAGUGAUAACCACGCUGCGGACUGCAGCAAAAGAGAUGGAAGAAAAAAUUAGCAGUCUUAAGGAACACCUUGCAAGCAAGGAAGUAGAAGUAGCAAAGCUGGAGAAACAACUCUUAGAAGAGAAAGCUGCCAUGACUGAUGCAAUGGUAUCCCGUUCUUCCUAUGAAAAACUCCAGUCAUCCUUAGAGAGUGAAGUGAGUGCACUGGCAUCAAAAUUAAAGGAAUCAGUGAAAGAGAAAGAGAAGGUACAUUCAGAGGUUGCCCAGAUUAGAAGUGAAGUCUCACAGGUGAAAAGAGAAAAGGAAAAUAUUCAGACUCUCCUGAAAUCCAAAGAGCAAGAAGUGAAUGAACUUCUGCAAAAAUUCCAGCAAGCUCAGGAAGAACUUGCAGAAAUGAAAAGAUAUUCUGAGAGCUCUUCAAAAUUGGAGGAAGAUAAAGACAAAAAGAUAAGUGAGAUGUCGAAGGAAGUCACCAAAUUGAAGGAGGCCCUGAACAGCCUCUCCCAGCUCUCCUAUUCAACAAGCUCAUCCAAAAGGCAGAGUCAGCAGCUGGAGGCGCUGCAGCAGCAAGUCAAACAGCUCCAGAACCAGCUGGCGGAAUGUAAGAAGCAACACCAGGAGGUCAUAGCAGUUUACAGAAUGCAUCUUCUUUAUGCUGUGCAGGGCCAGAUGGAUGAAGAUGUCCAGAAAGUACUGAAGCAAAUCCUUACCAUGUGUAAAAACCAGUCUCAAAAGAAGUAAAGUGGAUUCCUUGGCAGGACACUGCCCCCUUGUCAUCGUCUUUGUGUUAGAUCCAGAGUUGUUGGCAGCUGCUGCCAUUUUUUUCUCAUUGUAUACACUGUGGCCUAGCAUAGCUUCUUCCCUUUCCAAAGGUUUUUGAGGACUUAUCCCAGGAGAAGACUGGUGCCUCAGAACUGCUUAGAGACUUCAAACUAGCAGAGGUGAAAGUCCCUGUCAUCCCUUCAGAUUUCAGAGCUGGGAUCAGCCACACCCAGAAGUCUGGUCCUGAUUCUAGCCGGGGGGCCCCCUCCUCCAUACCUGACCAGCUGAGUGGCUUUAUCACCACCAAGUGAUGUGCUGAGGCCUCGUGCAGUGAAUACUACUUCCAUUCCUGCACUCGGGCUGUGCCAUUCAGCACAGGAGAGCGCUUUUUUUUGCCUUUGGCUUUCAAUUCCAAAACAUGAUUUAAUUCCUAACUAAAUUACUAUGGCACUAGGUUAUGAAGUAUCUGCUUAAAACCCUUUAUCGUGACAUCCUGUGGAUUUAAAAACUCUUAAUUCCAUGUUUUCUUCCCAUCUGCCUUAUAUAUCUCAUCGCCCUGCUUAUCAAUAUUCAUUUUGAUGAGCACUGUUAACUAAAAUACGAACCUUAAAAACAAAAGCAAGUUGUCCUUAAAAGUUCUUUUUUUAAGUAAAUUGUUGACACAUUGCAAAUUUUCUAUGCAAACUUGCCUCCUGCUGUUAUCCAUGAAGCUCAGGAAAUCCAAACAUUUGUGUUUCAACAAGGGACAGUAAACUGUAUGUUUACAGCCAAAAAAAAUGCCUCAUAAUUCUUAACCUCAAGUUUUGUAAAAGUGUUUUUUUCUCUGUAAUAUUUUUAUUGGCUCAUACAGAAGUUUUCAUAUCUAAACCCCUAAAUAAGUGAAAUUACAGUAGAUUAUAUUAACAAAAUAUUUUUUAGGUAGCCAUGCUUGAGACUUUUUAAAAAUGUAACUUUUUCCUCAAAAGUUUUCAGCUAUAGCAAAAGGUAGUUAUGUAUGCCAGACUUAAUAUAAGCUGCCACCAACACUCCUAGAACUUUCAGCCUUCAGCUCUCCAGAAUUGUAGUGCAUUUCUGAAUCUAGCAAAUUCUCUUUUUACCCGUUCAAUGUUUUUGAAUGUCCUGACUCUACCCGUGCUCAAAAUGAUCUCUGGAAGGGCUGUUAGUACCAAUCUGUUUUUCAAUUUCGAAGCUAAAAACCCUGAUAUGGUAAUAUUAUGGUGCCUAGCAGAGGUCUUGAAAACAAAUUUCUGUUCACUUUCCUUUCAGCUUCAAAAUGUUUCUAACAUGCUUGCAGCUUCCUUUGUGACAUUAAUCUUGUUGAAGGAGAGACAGAAUCCAGCUCUCCAAAGUAUUUAACUGAAAGUAGGGCCUGCUCUGACAAGGGCCCACAUCCCACAGGGCUGCCUGGGCUUAGAGGGUACUUGGCUGUACUGGAUGAUAUGUUGAUCUGUAUUGGAUGAGUACCAAUGACAGCAAAGCAAAAUUGGCUUUAAAGCUCGGUGUUACUUUUCUUAAGUUGUUUAAUUAUAGUUAAGCAAUUUCAAAAAUGCUCCAAAGAAAUGUGAAAGGACUUUUUGUCACAGCACUUCAGAAAAUACAAAACAACCCCUUCUGCCCCCGCCCCCACCCCCGCACAGAAAUGCUGCAGAGUAUAUAAAACUUGAGACAUUUUUGUAGGAUGCCUGACAAGGUGUAGCCUUUUAUCUUGUUUCCGGAUGCGUAUUUAUUACAAGUACUCUGGUUAAAUAUUGAAAAGUUAUAUGCUGUAGUUUAGUAUUUUGUCUUUGUAAUUUACAGAAGUUAUUGCAGAAAAUAAAUUUGUUUCAUUUUGCA